GAUUUGUUAGAGGUUUGAUUCAAGGCACUUGUGAUGAUUGCAUUCUAAGUACUUUCAAGUAUUUCAGUAAACAAAGAUCAGCUGUGGAAGACUGUUUCUUUCAGCCACGUUGUAUUCCUGUACCAAAAGCCAUAGGGCACACACAAAAUAUUUCUUCCAUCACCAGUACUUUUGGAGACGUGGCACAUUCAGUGUGGAUGGACUUGUGAAUGCGGGGAGGACGGGCUCAUGCAAACCCCAUCCUGCUGUAGGCCAUGAAGGAUGGCUAAUAACGUCCACAUGAGCGGGCUGCUGAGCCGCCAUGACGAUGAAGCCACGAGGACUUCGACUUCGGAGGGCUUGGAGGAGGGUGAGGUGGAAGGGGAAACCCUCCUGAUUGUAGAGUCUGAGGACCAGGCCUCGGUGGAUUUAUCCCAUGACCAGAGUGGAGACUCACUGAACAGUGAUGAAGGUGAUGCGUCCUGGAUGGAGGAGAUGUCCUACUACUGCGAGAAGUGCCAGAAGUGGAUUCCAGCAAGUCAACUGAGAGAACAGCUCAGCUAUCUCAAAGGAGAUAACUUUUUCAGAUUUACUUGCUCAGAUUGCUCAGAAGAUGGGAAAGAACAAUUUGAGCGGCUGAGAUUAACUUGGCAACAAGUUGUCAUGCUGGCAAUGUACAAUUUGUCUCUGGAAGGAACUGGCCGUCAGGGGUACUUCAGAUGGAAAGAAGAUAUUUGUGCUUUUAUUGAGAAACACUGGACUUUCUUAUUAGGAAACAGGAAAAAGACCUCGACAUGGUGGAGCACAGUUGCUGGCUGUCUCUCUGUGGGGAGCCCCUUGUAUUUCCGCUCAGGAGCCCAGGAAUUUGGAGAACCAGGGUGGUGGAAACUGGUUCAUAAUAAACCCCCAACAAUGAAACCUGAAGGGGAAAAGCUGUCUGCAUCCACACUAAAGGCGAAAGCAGCUUCAAAGCCACCUCUGGAUCCCAUCAUUACUGUGGAAGGUCUCAGGAAACGGGUAAGCCGCAAUCCAGUUGAAUCGGCCAUGGAGCUGAAGGAGAAGAGGUCUCGCACUCAGGAAGCCAAGGAUAUUCGGAGAGCCCAGAAGGAGGCAGCCGGCUUCCUGGACCGUAGCACUUCCUCCACUCCUGUUAAAUUCUCCAGUCGAGGCCGUCGUCCCGACAUUGUCCUUGAGAAAGGAGAGGUGAUUGACUUUUCUUCUUUGAGCUCUUCAGAUCGCACUCCUCUGACAAGCCCUUCUCCUUCCCCAUCUCUGGAUUUCUCCGCUCCUGGCACGCCAGCCUCGCAUUCAGCUACUCCUAGCCUUCUCUCAGAAGCAGAUCUCAUCCCUGAUGUCAUGCCACCACAGGCCCUGUUUCAUGAUGAUGAGGAGAUGGAAGGAGAUGGAGUCAUAGACCCAGGAAUAGAGUAUGUGCCUCCCCCAAGUGGGACUGCUGGUGCUGGGACCAUGAUAGCAAGUAGAAAAAAAGUGAAGACAGCUGAGCAGAUCAAGCAAGAAGUGGAGAGUGAAGAAGAAAAAACAGAAAGGAUGGAAGGUGACAGUGAAGAUCCUGAAGAGUCAAACACGCCUCUGCAGUUGAGGGGAAGAGACAAGAGGAAACCACAGCUGGAAAAGGAUGCCAAACCCAGAGCUCCCAAGCAUACCUCUGUUAGCAUCUAUGAGGAGAAGCUGCUGCUGAAGAGACUGGAAGCCUGUCCCAAUGCCCUGAGCAUGACCCCAGAGGCCCGGAGACUGAGGCGCAAGCUGAUAGUCAGGCAAGCCAAGAGGGAAAGGGGGCUGCCACUUUUUGACUUGGACCAGGUCGUGAAUGCUGCACUGCUCUUGGUUGAUGGGAUUUAUGGAGCCAAAGAAGGUGUUUCCAGGUCCCCAGUAGGGCAAGCGACCUACAGAACUACGAGUCAAGACUUCAGGAUCUUGGACAGAUACCAAACAGUGCUGCCUGCCAUGAAGGGAUAUCGACAGCAGACAACAAAGUUCCUGUAUCGACUGGUAGGGUCAGAAGACCUGCUUCCAGACCACAGCAUUGUCAGUCCUUACACGUCUCGUGUCCUGAAACCGUACAUCAGGCGUGAUUAUGAGACAAAGCCCCCCAAACUGAAGCUGCUGGCAGAAAUCUGGGCGUAUCCACACAGGAAUGAUCUCAGCUGGAAGGCUGAGCCAGAAGCACCCAUUGAUUACUGCUACGUUCGCCCUAAUCACAUCCCUACUAUAAACUCUAUGUGCCACGAAUUCUUCUGGCCUGGAAUUGAUUUGUCAGAAUGCCUACAGUAUCCAGACUUCAGUGUUGUUGUCCUUUACAAAAAAGUUAUCAUUGCCUUUGGCUUUAUGGUGCCAGAUGUGAAAUACAAUGAAGCUUACAUCUCUUUUCUGUUUGUUCACCCUGAGUGGAGAAGAGCUGGAAUUGCAACCUUCAUGAUUUAUCAUCUUAUCCAGACCUGCAUGGGCAAAGAUGUAACCCUUCACGUCUCUGCAAGCAACCCCGCCAUGCUGCUCUACCAAAAGUUUGGAUUUAAGACUGAAGAAUACAUUUUGGAUUUUUAUGACAAAUAUUAUCCCUUGGACAGUAAGGAGUGCAAGCAUGCAUUCUUUCUCAGACUGCGGCGCUGAUCUACCAGAGCCACUGUGGGAUCUGUGAAAAGCCUAGCCUGUCGAGCAAGGUACUACCGUGGCUUUCAGCACAGGAUGCUGGCAGUCACAGGAGAGCUGGAACGCACAUUGGCCUUUUUCGACAGGACUUCUAAUAUCAACAGUGCUAUGUUGUGUGCUGCAAGUGCAAUCCGAGAGGAUUGAUUCACACUCUCUGAGGGACAGGCCCAGAAAUGCCAACAGAAACAUGCUGAAGCCACUGAAAGACAGAGAUUCUUAUGCAGUUUUCCUGACACUUUGGGGA